AUGGGUGACUCAGAGAAUGAAGUGAAAAGGCGUUUGUCUAUUGCUCCCAAUACAGAUAAACAAAUAUUAUAUGAUUUGCAAUAUAUGUUGCAUAUAAAUAAUUCGUACAUUCGUAGUUUUAAGAGUGCACUCGAUUUGAUGCCGUCCAAUCUAGAUGAAUUUAAGAUUGUUAUUAGGGCCGACAGAAAACCACAAGCAGAGCAUCGUGGUCGAUAUAAUACUCCUCAAACUGAUGAAGUAGCCAUAUUAAUUGUCGGCCAAGAAUUUUCAAAGAGAGAUAUUGUAUUAAGAGCUCGAGAUGAUAUAUUAACACGCGUAAGUGAAAUUCAUCGUUCGUACGAUGCGUUACAGUAUCCUCUAAUGUUUUGUUAUGGACAGAAUGGUUAUUCUAUUGAUGUUUCGCAAGUUAAUCCAAUUACAAAAAUUCCUCUUAAUAAAACGGUUUCCGCUAUGGACUUUUACUCUUAUAGACUUCAAGUCAGAGAAAAUUCUAAUAAUAUACUUAAAUACGGUAAACUUUUGAAUCAAUAUAUUGUCGAUAUGUACGUGAAAAUUGAAACUGAACGGCUUCAAUAUCUAAGAGCAAAUCAAACUAGAUUACGAACUGAAAUUUACACUGACCUUCAAGAUGCAAUGCAAGCUGACGAAAACCCAGAUCAAAUUGGCCAGAGAGUGAUUUUACCAUCUUCAUUUGUUGGUGGUCCACGCUACAUGCAGCAACGUAAACAAGAUGCCAUGGUGUACGUACGAAAUUACGGACGCCCAGAUCUUUUUAUUACGAUGACGUGCAAUCCUCAAUGGCCAGAUAUUCAAUCAUGUUUAUUUACUAAUCAAAUACCCGCUGACCGGAAUAAUAUUAUCGCACGCGUUUUCAAUUUGAAAGUGAAAAAACUUAUAGAUUUAAUUACAAAAGAAAAAAUAUAUGGUGGAGUUAGGUGUUAUAUGUAUACUAUUGAAUGGCAAAAAAGAGGAUUGCCUCAUGUUCAUCUCUUAGUGUGGCACAACGAUAAAUUAAGGCCAAAUGACAUCGAUUUAGUUCUUAGUGCUGAGUUGCCAAAUCAACAAGAAGAUCCUUCCCUAUUUAAUGUCGUCAGUAGAAACAUGAUUCAUGGCCCAUGUGGUACAUUUAACAUGAAUUCACCGUGUAUGCAAAACGGAAAAUGUUCAAAAGGUUUUCCGAAACUGUUUACUAUUGCGACACAAUCCGGACAGGAUGGUUAUCCAAAAUAUCGUCGUCGAUCACCGGAUGAUGGGGGGCAAACUUUUCAGCUUAGGAAAUCCGGUAAUCGCAUGGUCACAAUCGAUAAUCGGUGGAUUGUGCCAUAUAGCCCUUUAUUAUUACGUGUAUUUGACUGUCACAUCAACAUAGAACUUUGCCAUUCAGUAAAAGCCAUUCAAUAUAUUUGUAGUUAUAUUAAUAAAGAAUCUGAUCAGGCUGCAUUCUCAGUAGAAUCGCGUGAUGAAAUUAAAGCAUUCCAAAAUGGCAGAUAUAUUAGUUCAUCAGAAGCUGCAUGGCGAAUAUUUGGUUUUACGAUUCACGAACGGUCACCAGCAAUUUUUCAACUCUCAGUACACCUUGAAAAUGGCCAACGCGUCUAUUUCACCGAUCAAAAUGCUCGCGAAAGACUUGAAAAUGUUAGAAACACCACUCUUAUGGCUUUUUUUGAACUUUGCCACCAUGACGAAUUCGCGAAAACAUUGCUUUAUAUUGAAGUUCCAUCUUACUAUACUUUUACUAAUAAUCGUUUCAAUAGAAGAAAACAAGGAGAGCCAAUUGUACAAUACCCUGGAGUCAAGAAAUCCAAUGUGCUCGGUCGAGUAUACACUGUUCACCCAAGUAAUGUUGAAUGUUAUUAUUUACGUAUGCUUUUGCAUCACGUCCGUGGACCAACUUCAUUUUUAGAUUUAAAAACUGUGGAUGACGUUAUCCACCUUACAUUUCAAAGAGCUUGCCAAGCGCUUGGUCUGUUACAAGAUGAAAGUCAUUGGAAUUCUACUCUCGAAGAAGCUGCUUUAUUUCAAUCAGUGUCGAAUCUAAGAGAACUUUUUGUUACUAUGAUAGCAUUUUGCCACAUUACUAAUUUAACAGAACUGUGGGAAAAUCACAAAAAUAAUAUGUCAUUAGAUAUUUUGCAGCAAGAAAGGCAUCGUUCUGGAAAUCACGAUUUAGCUGUCACUCCAUAUAUUUUGAAUAAAACUUUAAUAUUAAUAGAAAAUGAUCUUCUGAAAAUAUCUGGAAAGAAGCUGUCUGAUUUUAACAUGGAAUCACCGUUACGAACUGAUGAUAAUGAUAAUAAUUUUCUUAGAGAUAGGGCUUAUAUUGCAGAAACUUCUUAUGAUUAUGAUAUACUUUCAAAUUACAUCCAGGAGAAUGAGCCGAAGUUAACAAACGAUCAGCAAGUUGUUUAUAAUACUAUUUUACAAAGCGUUUUGCAAGAUACUGGAGAAUUAUUUUUUCUUGAUGCUCCUGGUGGAACUGGCAAGACCUUCAUGCUGAAUCUCUUGCUUGCAAAGCUACGUGUAGAGAGAAUAAUUUCAUUAGCAGUCGCUUCUUCCGGGAUAGCAGCAACAUUAUUACAAAAUGGCAAGACAGCACAUUCCGCUUUCAAAUUACCUUUGGAUCUUCAGACUAACGAACGCCCAGUUUGUAGUGUGAAGAAACAAAGUUCUUUGGGUAAAUUAUUAAGGGAGACACGUUUUAUUGUUUGGGAUGAAUCAACAAUGGCGAAUAAAGGUGGUCCUGAGGCACUUGAUAGAACGCUGAGGGAUUUUAAAAAUAAUGAUCGCCCAAUGGGCGGAGUUGUUAUUCUUUUUGCUGGUGACUUUAGACAAAUAUUGCCAGUUGUGCCUAAAGGCACUAAAAGUGAUGAAAUCAACGCCUGUCUAAAGUCAUCUUAUCUUUGGUCUUACAUAACAUCUUUGAGAUUAACAACCAAUAUGCGUGUACACCUUGGUGGUGAUAAUAAUGCCGAGCUCUUCUCACAACAUCUUUUGAAAAUUGGUGACGGAACUUUUCAGAAUGAUAAGGAUAGCAUAAUACAAAUAAAUUCUACAUUUGCAAUUUCGGUUCUUGAUCAAAAUAACUUAAUCAACAAAGUUUAUCCUGAAAUUUCUCAUCUUUCCAAUAAAUCCAAUGAAUCCGUGAACGUGCAAUUUUGGCCCCUAAAAACGACAUCGUCAACAUCAUAA